AUGGCUCGUUACGUAGGUUUGAAUAAGCUUGGCAAGCUGUUCAACUAUAUCCGCGACAAUGGAGGUAUUCGGGCUAGUUUGUAUAAGCUGUACAGAAUGGAUGAGAUGAAGUCGGGACGUUUGGUCGGUGAAGAUAAGUACGGUAACAAGUACUACGAGGACCCGUCACAGUUUUAUGGCCGUAACCGUUGGGUAGAGUACGCACCGCACUGGAACCUGGAGUACGACGGUUCUCAAAUCCCGUCUGAAUGGUUCGGUUGGAUGCACUACAAGACUGAUCUGCCACCGAAUCGGGACGGAAACCGUCCGCACUACUCGUGGAUGAUCGAUCAUAGUGAAAAUGUGUCCGGAACUAAAGAUGCCUACAUGCCAUACUCAACAACCCGUCCCAAGGUAGAAGCAUGGGAUCCGAAAAAGUCGCUACCGAAAUGA